UCCAACGCGUGUUUACGUACAAGUCAAUUGUAAAAGAUGAGCUCUACGGAGAGAAGUCUAUGUUCCUCAAGGCUAGAGAAAGUAUCCUCUAAGAGUUUUGAACAAUUCAGUUUACUGAGAUAUCGACUAGCGCCAGCUGAUGUGUUUAAAAGUGUUGGACCCAAGCUAGUACCAUUCUUCAAAGCAUUCUGCAUAUAUUUUGUAGCAGGCCAGUCAGAAAAUUCCAACAUUUUCCAUGCUGCCAUCAAGAUACUCCCAAUAAUAUGCUUAUGUGGCUUUGUCCUACUCCAAGGUGUCACUUUUGAACGUUACCAUGACUACAGUCGACGUAUCUUCAUAGGCCUUAUACUGUCGGCAAUAGGGGAUAUAUGUCUUGUCUGGAAAAAGCAGUUUUUUAUCCAUGGGAUGUUGGCAUUUGCACUAGCACAUCUAUCAUACAUGAGGGCAUUUGGUUUUCAACCACUGAAACCAUUAACUGGAAUCAUAUGUUUUUUGAUAACAGUUCCGUUCUAUCAUGUCUAUUUUCCAAACCUUAAAGGAUUAUUGAUUGUUGCAGUUCCAAUAUAUAUUGUUAUCAUAAGUAUUAUGGUUUGGAGAGCUGUAACAGGAUUACAGGCACAGUUAUGGAGUGAUGAAGGACUAUGGCGCUGGACCAAGCUAUGCUCCUGUCUUGGAGCUGUAACCUUUGGAAUCUCAGAUAUGAUCAUUGGAUUACAUAUGUUCUGCUUUCCUGUGCCAUAUGCUCAGAUAUUUAUUAUGUCAACAUACUAUGCUGGUCAGUUGGGUAUUGCACUAUCGACUUUCAGUCUUGAUGAUGAAUAUCAUCUUAGGAUGAAGCAUAUUGUAUUGAAAAAGGAUUGAUAUGGGACAAUAUUGUAUUCAUACAUGGGUGAUAUGUCUAUGUUCAUUAGGAAUGCAGAAAUUGUGCAUAAUGUAUGUAGCCACUAGUAUAGUGAGUGUAUUUAAUACAAAAAUGUGCAUAAUUAUACAGAAUUUGGUUUGUUUAUAUUUAAUGGGUUAAUGCAUAAUUAUACAGAAUUCAGUUUGAUUCUAUUUAAUGGGUUCUUGUCAGGACUUUGACCUUUUGAAUAAUUAUGUCCUUUCUCAUUUAUAAAGAAUUUUAUUCUUCAUCAUAUGAAAUUUAAGGUUUUAAGUAUAUUGAUUUGAUAAUUUUUAUUUCAUAUUAUUUUAAAAAUUGUACAACAAAAUGGAUGAAUAAAACUAUUAGUGGGUGAAAUUC